UGUGCAAAGUGCGGUUUUCUGGUUUGCGUACUUGCCAUUCAAUUUCAAAUAAUAAAAAGUGAAAUUUUUCCUUUUCGAUCGAAUUGUGCAACUGCUGAAAUUAAUACCGGGAAUGUAUAAAAAUUCAAGCAACAAGAUUAAACCACASUAUUAGCACCUUUCCAUUGUGAACGCUGUUAAGGGGUUGCACAAUUUUUUGCGAUUCCACUAGUUUCAACCCGGAUUUUUCGAAAUCAAUUGACGCGCAUCAAAGCCUUGUACGMGUAUUAACAGGAUUAAGUUUGAAAUGAACCUCAACCAGUAAAUAUUUGUGGACCAAUCAGCCGCGUUUUGUGUAAGCUGAAGUGAAAAACUAGGGAGUGGAAGAGGACGGCGGUGCGGCCGUGCUAAGGACGUCGGAUACGGAAGAAAAGGAGUGGUGCGUCGCGACGCUCUGGGUGGAUGGUCGUUGGCGGGUGCGUCCUGUUAAUCCUGCUGUUCUUCUUCGUGGCUUGUGGCGCGAGAUCGCGGCAGUGGCAGUGCGUUCGCCGCCACAGCCGCACGGUGCUGUUGACGCUCAAUUCGCGCGCCGUCCAUCGGCCGCCAUGCCGCCGAUGUCGACACGACAGUGACAGUGACAGUGACGCACUAUGUCCCAGUCAUGGUGAAGGCGCUACUGCUGGGCCUACUGCUAAUUGCCGCCCUCGCACGCGCCGCCCCCCCUACCAAGCCACCCCCGGAGAGGGAGGAGGACCCCGCCGCCCGCAGCGAGCGCUCCGCCAACUUAUCUCACGUUACCGGCACCGCCAGGAAGAUCAAAAUGUUUAUCAAAAAUCGCCACCUUCAGCUUCUGCCGGGCGGCACCGUCAACGGUACCACCGACGACACCAGCCCUUACACAAUAUUGCAGAGGACAACAAUUAGUAUAGGACAAAUGAAGAUUCAAGGAGUCGCUACAUGUCAGUAUUUAUGUAUGGAUGAGUGUGGAUUGCUAUAUGGGUCGAUUGAGUUUGGACAGGAAUGCAUCUUUAACGAAACGAUUGAAGCAACCAAUUACAACAAGUACUCGUCAAGUAAAUACUCAAAUGAGCGACGGACAUUUUUCUUAGCUCUGAAUAGACGCGGUCAGCCGCGAAAAGUGAUGGUUAAGGCUCAUCAGCAAUUAGGGAAACUGUCUUCAUAUACUCGUGUGCUUACGCGCAGUGUUACACCCGAAGAACUGCAGCUGCGCCAUCACCACCAAUGUCCACCAAGUACUGGGCAUCACCCACAACCAACGGAUCCUCCGCGGUGUCGUAAAAAAAAGAAAAAGAAGAAGAAAAAACGAAAAAAUAGUGAACACGAACACGAACUCGAACCAAAAAGACACAGUGCGAAUAAGAUCGGUCGAGUAAAGUGCGAUAACGUCACCGUCAUUGCUAGUAAUGUUACGAGUAACGUUACUAGCAACGGAGACGUGGACGUAAAACGCGACCAUCUAGAGUGCCAAAGAAACUUAAAUACGGUGAAACUGAAGACGAACGUUAAAAGUGUGAAACCGUUAGGAGCAGAUAAGAAAAAUAAAAACAAUAAAAAGAAAAGGAAGAAUGUUAAUCAUAAGCAGAGGAAAAGACUGGACCAGGUGGAUGUAACCCAAGAGAAUACAACAACAACAAUGGCUCCAACUACAACGUCCCCUGAUGACAUUUUAAAUGACGAAGAUUAUCCCAUGGAGAGCAGCACCCAUAGCGAUUGGGAAGAAUCCACUGGGUUGCCCGAUAUUUUCAAAAAUUCUGCCGAAAACGAUAAUGUCCAAUCAAACUCUGACUGACUAUUAUAUUCACAUUCAUUCUCGCCCAUCCUUCAUCGUUUAAUUUAUUUCUUCUAUUUAUUGUAUGUAUUUGUAAAUAGGUAUCCUUAACUAAAUAUACCUCAAAAUAUGUUAGAACUCCUCACUAGAUUACACCUUUUUACUUUAUCACAGAAUGCCGGAAAAUAAUGCGCUUCUAGAUGUGCACAUUUAAGAAAUAUCGUCCUCGACGAUAAAAAUGGUAGCAACAUUUAAUAACCAGUACUUGAUUUUACUUAUUUUAUGGAGAAAUAAAAUAAGUUAAAAUGUCAUGCAAAAAAUUACUGCAACAAAAAAAUUGUAAUAUAACAAUAUAUGCAUUGUUAUGGUAGUUUUUCCGUUCAAAACCGAUCUGGAGGCAUUAUUUUCUACAAUUAUACAUUCUGAAUACAUGUAUGCUAUUGGCACGAACGAAUCUCAUUAAAAAACAUGUAAAUGAUACCCACUCGAUUGUCCUCUUCCCUCUGUUUGUAAGUACUGAGCUAAAAUGUGAAUAUGCUGUGACUUUUUGGAUAUAUUAUUAUAUUUACGCUUAGGACCAGAUCUUGUUUUUUUUGUAUUUCGUGUAGAUAUUUAUGUAGGUAAUAACUAUACAAAAAAUUAAUUUUUAUUUUCCGAGCUGACAAAAAUACUCUAUCAAGACACUCGCAACAUAAAGUAGAACUGUCAGUGGCAAAUACACUGAUUUAAUAGAUUUGUAUAGAUUUUUUUUCAGUUUUAGAUGUGUCGCAUAUGUUUUAGAUUUGUCAAAAUAAAUGUUAAAUAGAAAAGUAAAUUUUAAAAAUUGAAAUCAGCGUUGUAGGCAAUACUUACCACUAUCAGUCAGUAUUAUAUUAAAAUAGUUUAAUAUGAAAAGUCAAUGAAUAAAAUUAAGAAUCAUAUUUAGA